AUCUUUUGCCCCUCAUUUCGGGAUUUCCUAAAGGAGGAACCCAUGGAGGCAAAAGAGAUGGACAGUGGGGAGCACAACAGGGGGACGAGUGCCUCCAGAGACAAAUGAGAUGAAUGCAUUGUGGUCUCACGCAAGCGGGCACUGAGCGGGGGCAGAUGAUGGCUGGCAAUGUGCGACUCUUCGCUGCCACCGUCGCGGGAUGCCACAUGCGAUUGAAGACUUCCAUGGUGGAUCGUCUUCGGUCGAAAGCAGAGCGGAGUUGCCGCUUGGAAUGAAUGGCAUGACGAUUGUUGGAGAGCUGCUCUGGUGGCUCUUGUGUUGCGCUCCCUUCUCCCUUCCCCUCUCCUAUAUUAGAGCCAAUCUCACCAUUCCUUGACCUCUUUCUCACUCAAACGCAGAGACGCCAAUCAUCAGGCUUCCUUUUUCUUUCCCAGACCUGCCACCAUGUCGCAAAUGAAUGCAGUCCGGUUCUACGGCCAACGCGACAUCCGCCUCGACCAGAUCCCCGUCCCCUCCGUCAAGCCCGGGCAGGUCAAGAUCGCGCCCAAGUUCUGCGGCAUCUGCGGCUCAGAUCUGCACGAGUAUCUCGGCGGCGCGAACCUGAUCCCGACAGAAGGCCACCCGCACCCCAUCACGGGCGAGACCCUGCCUCUGACGCUAGGCCACGAGUUCAGCGGCGUGGUGGAGGAGGUGGGCGAGGGCGUCACGAACGUCAAGCCCGGCGACCGCGUCUGCGUGCAGCCCACCAUCUACGACGGCAGCUGUCGGGCGUGCAAACGCGGCCUGGUGAACUGCUGCGACAAGAACGGCUUCGUCGGCCUGAGCGGAUGGGGUGGCGGCCUGUGCGAGCACAUGGUCGUGCCGGAGAGCUGCGUGAAGCCGUUGCCGGACAACAUCCCCUUGGAGGUGGGCGCGUUGAUCGAGCCCCUGGCGGUGGGGUGGCACGCGGUCGACAUCUCCCCGUACAAGGAAGGCGACUCGGUCCUCGUGCUGGGCGGCGGCCCCAUCGGCCUCGCGGUCGUGCAGGCCCUGGUCGGCAAGGGGUGCAAAAACAUCAUCGUGAGCGAGGUCAGCGGCCGGCGGAGAGAAUUCGCCACGCAGUUCGGUGCGCACCAUGUGAUUGACCCGGUCAAGGCCGACGUCGUGGCCGAGGUGGAGAAAUUGACCAACGGCGAGGGCGCGGACGUCGGGUUCGAUGCCGCCGGCGUGCAGGUCGCGGUGGACACUGCGUUCAAGGCGAUCAAGGCGCGAGGGACGUUGGUCAAUAUCGCCGUGUGGGAGAAGCGGGCGACGCUGCAGAUGAAUGACAUUGUAUUUCGGGAGAGGGGGUACAUGGGAGUAGCGACCUACUCGCUAGGCGACUUUGAAGCCGUCAUCAACGCCAUCUCGACCGGCGCCAUGAAACCCGCCGGGAUGAUCACCAAGAAGAUCAAGCUGGACCAGGUCGCCGAGGAAGGCUUCAAGACCCUGAUCGAGGACAAGGAGAACCACGUCAAGAUCCUGGUGGAUGUGGGGGCGGGCAUCUAAGGGAUCCCAGCAGUGGUGGGGCUGCUCGUUGCUGGCUACGGGUGUCGUGGAUCACAUCGCGGGCGUCAAAAAAGGGAGAAGAUGUGGAAGAUGCGGAAGAAGAAGACAAGGACUACGGAGAGGGGAUACAUUGUGACGACGCAGCUUGCUGGACCGGGCCUUGUCAUCCGAGGAGCGCAAUCCUGAACUCGAACUCGAAGCAGCAAAAGGCCCAGCAUGAGGAGGACAGGCGGGCUUUGCUGAGAUUCCAGAACGCUCAAACUGCGUGGAGGGAGGGGAGGGAUGAGUGAGUUGUCGGCUCCGUUACGUUACGUUUCUUCUCGCGUGUCGGCUUCGAACCAACCAACCAACCGAGCCAGACGAAGACGAGGAUGGAUGUCAAUGGCACGCCGCGAGAAUGUCAGGAUGGAGAGAUGGAGAGGAGCGACGAGUGGGACAAAGAACAAAAGCCCCCCUUUUUUGCUUUCUUGUGAUAAAUAUGUCCAUUUUUUGCCUUGUGUUCAUCCGUCUAUCUUUGUCUAUCCAAGUCUCGAAUCCGGUAUCAUUGCCAUUCCC